AUGAGAAGAGCGGCCGCCGCCGGUGCCAUGGUAGUGGCGGUGGUCCUGGCCAACUUCGGCGCCGCUGCUGCGCCCGCGCCGGCGUUGAUACUGAGGCGCUCGUCGCCGAUGACGGGCCUGCAACGUCUCCAGCAGCUAGACAGGGCGCGCCUCGUCAAGAGGAGCGGCGUGCCGGAUUUCGAUCUGCUGGGCUUGCCCGGGAUCUAUUAUACCAUUGUGAGAUUGGGGAACCCACCCAAAGAGUAUUCUGUCCAAUUUGACACCGGUAGUGACCUCCUCUGGGUCACUUGCAGCUCUUGCACUGAUUGCCCGGUAACAGAUGACGACGGUAUCCCAUUCGACUUCUACAGCCCCAACUCUUCUUCGACGUCGUCCAACAUAUCAUGCCCUGAUGAUAGGUGCAGGGAUGCCAUUAAAGAAGGGCAUUCGAUGUGCCAAACCUCGGACUCUCCAACAAGCCAAUGUGGUUACGACGUGGCUUAUGCUGAUGCAGCCACGUCUGGGUACUACGUGUCUGACACCAUGCAUUUCGACACCGUCAUGGGAAAUGGAAGUGAUCAGGUUGCAAGUUCUUCCGCGUCCGUCUUAUUCGGGUGUAGUACCUCGCGGUCAAGUUACCUGCAGACAGAUGGCAUUGUGGGGUUCGGAAAGAAUGCACCGUCUGUCGUCUUACAACUGCACUCUCAAGGUGUGUCCCCAAAGGCCUUCUCACAUUGCUUGACAAGCUCAGAAGAUGGCGGUGGCAUACUUGUUCUUGGUGAAGUUGUGGAGCCAGGAUUGGAAUUUACUCCACUUGUCUCUUCACAGCCUCGUUACAACUUGAAUAUGGAGAGCAUUGAUGUCAAUGGUCAAAAGAUCCCCAUCAAUGCUUCCUUGUUUACAACAUCGAAUACACAAGGAACAUUUGUGGAUUCAGGGACAUCAUUAGCGUACCUUGCAGAUGGGUUGUACGAUCAUGUUAUCAGUGCAAUAGAUAAUGCUGUUCCUCUAUCUAUAGACGCUUUUUCCACCAAUGGGCACAUGUGUUACAUUGUAUCUUCAAGACGCAAACUCUCAUUAUUUCCAAUACUGACACUGCAUUUUGAGGGUGGUGCUCGAAUGACAGUGGAUCCAGUGAACUAUCUUUUGCGGAAGGGAGCUUCUCCAAGUCCAGACAACCAAAACAUUAUGUGCAUUGCCUUUCUAAGGAGCAAGGAUCUCGAGGGUUACCAACAUAUCACCAUUCUUGGAGAUAUUGUUCUACGUGAUAAGAUAUUUGUAUAUAACUUGGAGGAGAUGCGCCUUGGUUGGUUAAAUUACAACUGCUCGCUACUCAAUAAGACAGCCGUGCCUGUUGGCAGCGGGUCGAUCAGGCGCCACACACCAUCAUACUGCAGUGGACUGAUAGCUCUUGUGGUCGCCGUCAUCAGUUUCCACAUUAUCCCACCAUGGCGGCUGGAUGGCUGCUGGGUUCACCGACAGGAAUACUAA